AUGGACGAAAUAAUGCAAUACAUAGAAUUUCCAGUGACUAUUCCAAAUCAACGAAAAGUCGAACAAAUCAUCAACUAUGCAUCUUACUUGAACAUACUCGUAUCAUUAACAGUUGGACUUGCUUCAGGCUCUUUACUCUACUUGAGUUAUGCUUUUGCUGCACAACUAGUUGCACUCCUAUUGAUCGUGGCACCUAAUUUUCUAUUCAAGUCGGAGCGUCCAAUCGGAUGGUUAAGUGUCAAGUAUUAA